UCAGACACCAAAUCCAUGCAGAGUGCAACAUUAAAUGGAGAGUGGAAGGUGCUGCUAUAAUGUAAGUUGAAUGCGAAACCUUGUAUGGGAUUGGUGUGUUGAAGAAGAUAAAGUGUACAUUGUGUUUCUAAAUGGACUUUGAUUGAAUGAUACCGUGGUGUGAAAAUCUACCUGGAGAUGGAUCAUGGGUCAGAUUCGCAUUCCUGUCUCCAUUUCUCUGAAGCCCAGCCCUCUCUCUCACACCCAGGAGUCAGUCUGGGCCCACUGUGAGUCAUGUGACUGCUAAGGAAGGAGGGGGGAACAGCAGGAUAGGAGAGAGAACCUCACCAGACUAAGGUGAGACCCCCUUACCUGCUGAGUGCAGUCCUCUCUCGCCUCCCCACCCAUCACCUGCAUCUCACCUGAACUCCUCCUGAGUCUCCAAUUCAACCUUCAUCUUAGGUAGCCUUCUGGAUCGAGAGUCAGUGUAUGGCUGAUGACUGCAAUUCAUCCCUCAGAAUUGAUGGUGGAAGAUUCUGUGAUUCCUUUCCUUCUGGAUCUGGUGAUGUACUUCAUUAACAGCCCUAUCUGAUUUCACUGUGGUAAAGAAGCCUCAAGACUUGGCUCUGCUCCAUCUUGUGCCAACCUCAACAAGAAUGUUUAGUCUGAUGUUGUGAAGUGCUCCUGAGAUACGUCCCAUUGUUUUGGUAUCAGACUGUUCCCUUUAUACCAGUGGAUUGACACUUAAGACUCGGGACUCCUCUAAGAGCUUUUGGAUAAUGUUUGGCCCUGGGCAGCUGGUCUCCACUCUUCUACCUGCAGUCUUCCACUCCUCCGCAGCUCACUUGUUCCCUGCGUUCCCCACCAGACUGGGCUCCCCUCCACAGAUCCUGAUCCCUGGGCCCCUGAUCAGCUAUGAGUCCCUGCGGAGUUACUUGCAACCAGAGCCCUGCAAAGAGGCUCUGUUCCUGGCCACACAGGCAGCUGGGAUGGGGCAGUUCACGGCCAGCAUGGAUGAACAGAGGCCAGUGAAGCAGCGUCGUGCGCGGGCCAACUACAGCAGCUGGCAGCUGGAGGAGCUAGAGAAGACCUUUGAGAACACCCACUACCCUGACGUCUUCAUGAGGGAAGCUCUGGCCCUCAGACUGGACCUCAUCGAGGCCAGAGUGCAGGUGUGGUUUCAGAAUCGCCGGGCUAAGAUGCGGAGGCAGCUGAAGUUGCAGGGCCAGCUAGGAGAGCCCUUUCCCAGGAAGGACAAUGCCGAGGACACAACAACAGACAAACCCAACAAGAGCUUACCGGAGCUAGAGAGCUCUGACAGCGAGCACUGGGAGAGGAGGCAGGACAAAGGAAGCUAUCCCUGGACUAAAGUACCUCGUUCUGCUGUGAUGACCACCCCCAUACAGGGUAUGAUUCAGGGGCCAGCAGGGGAAUGGGAGGGGAUGGAGGGGCCCAGUCCAGAAGAGUUCCGCUGCUGUAGCAUUGCCAAGCUGAGGGCCAAGGCCAGGGAGCACGAGGCUGAGAUCCAUAGCACUGUGGCCAGGUCAGGAGGAGGAGAGACAUCAGCACUGCAGACACAAACACAGAACACUGAUGACAGAGAGAGCAACUGAUAUGGCUCUUUCUCUCUGCAUGGCUUUUGCAAACAGGUCCCUAAGACCUCAUCAUGGUUGAGGCAACUUGCCUAAAUACCCCAUCCUUGGUUUUAUUCAUUCUGUUAUUCAAUGAGGAUAUGAACUAACAUUUACAAAAGGUGCUGAUUUUUUGUUUAGUAUUAAAAAAAAUGAUUGUGUUUUGAAAUGCCAUUAUUUUUCUGUACUGGACAUAUUUUUCUAUCAACAAUCACGCUAAACGUGUAUUUUAAAUGCUCAGACUAGGAUGAGGUGAAUAUAUAGUAUAUCCAUAGUAACAUCUUAUAAAUGUAUAGUAUAUCCAUAGUAACAUCUUAUAAAUGUAUAGAAUAAACGUCUUAUAAAUAUAUAGUAUAUCCACAGCAACAUCUUAUAAAUAUAUAGGUUAUCCAUAGCAACAUCUUAUAAAUAUAUAGUAUAUCCAUAGCAACAUCUUAUAAAUAUAUAGGUUAUCCAUAGCAACAUCCUAUAAAUAUAUAGGUUAUCCAUAGCAACAUCUUAUAAAUAUAUAGGUUAUCCAUAGCAACAUCUUAUAAAUAUAUAGGUUAUCCAUAGCAACAUCCUAUAAAUAUAUAGGUUAUCCAUAGCAACAUCUUAUAAAUAUAUAGGUUAUCCAUAGCAACAUCCUAUAAAUAUAUAGGUUAUCCAU